UUAAUACUCCUUUGCUGGGUAGCUAGUCCUAGUGGUGGCAAAUUAUUCUCAUCUCACUCUCAACUCUCAACCCAUCACUGCUAUAUCCCUGCAUUGCCUUACAUAUCUUUAGUGUUUAUACCUCCUCUCUGUCUUCUCUCGCUUUUGGUCUCUCUCAAGUGUAUCCAACAGUGAGCUUCCUAUACUGAAAUGUCAUUUGGUGUAGAAAGCUUCAGCUGUUAAUCCACCCAUGGCGCUGACCCCAAGCAAAGUAUUAAGAUGUCCCGCUGUUGCAGAUCAAACUGCUACUUCUAACCGACAAGCAAUUUUAUGUUAUGUACCUAAUCUGCCAAGAUGUAGCUUUCAUAGUGGAAAUCAAGGUGCCAUUUUAAGAAGAUCAAGCAGUAAGUGUUACAAGGAAGCCAGAUCAAGUCCUCCCCCGGAGUGUUUAUGGGGCAUAUGCAGGAGGGCCACAAGCUAUGCAACUUGCCGAAGAUUGUUAGUACAAUGCAACUUGACAGAAGCUCCUCAAACAAAGUCAAGAGAAGACAUUAGACAUACUUCUGAAUGUGCGGAUAUAUCUGGAGAAGGGAUUGAAGAGAAAGAGGUUCAGAAGUUGGCUUCCACAACUCAAGGACUAGCCGAAGCCUACAAAUAUGCUCAUAAUGAUGCUAAGUUUGUUAAUGAAAGAGCACGUAAAGAUAUGGUCUUACUUUCUCGUGGCCUACGCCGCCUUGAUGCUCGUGCCCGCCAAGAUGUAGCAAUUCUAGGUUUGGGGUUUCUUAAGCUAGAUGCUCGAGCGAGGGAAGAUACUGAGAAAAUUGACUAUAAUGUCAAGAGAAAGGCUGAACGCCUUCAUCACAUUGCUACAAUUCUUAAAGAUAAAGCAGAAUCAAGGCUAAAGAUUGUAGCUGAUCAACACUGGAGUGAUGGAGCAUUAGAGGCUGACUUACGGCGAGCUGACCUACGUGCCAAGAGACGUGCGAUGGAGGAUACCCUUAUGGCCCUAGAGUUUGUCAAGAACAUCCAUGAUAUGAUGGUUACUAAGAUCCCGCUGCGCAGGAAUCAUGGGUCCCUAUCUCAAAAUAUAAUGCUUGAAAAGAAUGGGAAGGCUCUUGAUUUCUUCCCUGGUGAGGUGUCAAAUGAUCGCAUUACUGCUCUUCAGGAAGCUUACUGGAGCAUGGCAUCUGCACUCUCUGAAGCUGAUGGAAUUGACUAUACGGAUCCUGAAGAGCUUGAGCUGUUAAUUACGACGCUCAUAGACCUUGAUGCUAUGGAUGGCAAAUCAAGUGUGUCACUUUUGGCCGAGUGUUCUAGCUCUCCCAAUGUCAAUACUAGGCAAGCAUUAGCCAAUGCGUUAGCAGCGGCUCCGUCAAUGUGGACACUUGGAAAUGCAGGCAUGGGAGCAUUGCAGAGACUGGCAGAUGAUAGCGACCCGGCUGUUGCUGCAGCUGCAUCAAGAGCUAUCUACGAGCUGAAGCAGCAAUGGGAAAUACAAGAGGGGGAUAGCUGGAGGUUUACGCUAAAUCAGAAUGGUACCGAAGAGGAUAAUGGAGCCACGAGUUGAUCUGAAUGUAGUCAGUAUUACUCAAAGCGUUACCCUAUAACUGUAAAAAGAAAAAUGUAGCAUAUUUGAUAUGAUGCCAAAUAUAACUAAUAGUAUGUAAGUUGAAGCCAUGGACCACAGAGUUUACUGCUAAUUGCUAAUUCCUAAUUAAGAAAGGGUCUACUAUAUGCUUAUAUAUUUAA